AUGUCUCCUUUUGAGCUCCUUGGUCUAACAGCUGCACUGUGGAUCGUGUGUCAUAUCCUUCUCGCAAUCUACAAUGUCUUCCUUCAUCCUCUACGCAAGUACCCCGGGCCCAUCCUCGAUGCUGCUACCCAGCUCCCUUACGUUUACCAUAUGAUUAAGGGCGAAAAUUCCAAAUAUAUCGCCAAGCUACACGAAAAAUACGGUGAGAUCGUGCGGGUUGGCCCUCGCGAGAUUUCCUACACCAGUGCAUCAGCCAACCGAACCAUCUUUGGCGGUCGGCCAACGGAGGAGACCGUUUUCGAGAAGAACCCAGUCGUCUGGUUACAGGGCUCUGGAGAGGCACAUAACAUCUUCUUCGCUCGCCAUCGUGAACAUGCACGGUAUCGCAAGAUGAUAGCGCCAGCUUUCUCAGAAGCUGCUAUUCGAGAACAGGAGCCAGUCAUUCAGGAGUACGUAACGAAAUUCAUUGAUGGGAUGCGCGAGCGGUCCGGCAAGGCUUGUUAUCCAGAUGCGAACGGGGUUGUCAACAUCCAAGCAUGGUACAAUUUCUUCGUCUUUGACAUCCUCAGCCGAUUAUCCUUUGGUACAACUGUGGGUUCUCUGGAUCAAGGGGAUUAUCAUCCCUGGGUGACAGUUAUUUUUGGAGCAAUAAAACAUUCACAAUAUGUCCAAGCGGCUCAUCGGCUGCGGCCAUACCAUCGACUACUCGAACUCUUUAUCCCAAAGGCGAUCAGCGAACCCUACGAUACGCACAUGGAGUUUGCUGGAAAGACACUCCUAGAGCGGCAGAAGGGCGACUCCAUCGGCCGGGCAGACUUUGCCUCUUUCGUUCUGAAGGGGAUGUCGGAAGCCGAACUACUUGAUAAUGUGAAUAUUCUGGUUGCCGCAGGGGGGGACACGACUGCGGCAACAAUGACCUCGAUGACAUAUUACUUGACGCAUAACCCAGAAAGCUACCGAAAGCUAGUUGAAGAGGUCCGGGGCACUUUUCAGGCUGAAGAGGAAAUCACUGUUUCAUCGGUUGCAAAUCUCAAGUAUCUUCGAGCGGUAAUUCAAGAAACCAUGCGAAUCCACCCGCCAGUCCCCGUGGGCCUACACCGAGUUGUUCCGCGGAGCGGUGCCGCGAUUGAUGGCCGGUGGCUACCAGGCGAGGUACGUAUCCAUGCCAAUCUGCUUCUAGCUAACUAA